GACUCUGGGGUGUUUCAACAGGAAGGCGGACAUGUUGGUCAGGCAGUGGGAGAAAAUCGGGCACCCAGUAUUUUUUUUUUUUUGAAUAGCAGCAUCGUCAAAGCUCGGUUUCUCCGCACACUCAGAGCAUCGUGGAUUACAAACUUGUCGGGAAAGUAAAAGCCGGCACGCGGACCAAGAGAGAUUUACCGCAGCGGGGGAUUCGCAAAGAAUCGUUUUAACCAGGAUCUUGUUUUAACUCAUCGAAAUUUGUACGGCGAAGUUUUUUUUUUCUUUCUCCCCGCAACUUCUCACUUUGCAGCUGUCAGACUCGUUCGGCCUGGCGAGCUUUUAUGGACAGAGGCCCGGAGAAAGUUGACUUAAUUCCGUGUGGCCGCAUGCUAACUCCGCAGCGUUCGUUUUAUCGCUUCUUUUCGCGUGAAUGCGGUCGGUUCGCGUGUUUUAAACGAGCCCGUUCCCCUCACGUCUCCUGAAGCUAAAUUAGCUUAGCCCGGUGUAAUCUGCUGCCGCCGCUUUUUUUGUGUUCGCCAAGUUGUCAUGGACUAAUCCGACGUCUCGUCCCGUUGUUGUUUUGUUUCGAAAAUGUGGCUUUUUGUCGUCUCUCGGUGUUGUAUGCGAUUCAACGAGAGCGAUAUUAAGGCAGCGAGACACAAAACGUCGCUUCGAUCAAACUAGCGCUUGUUGCUUCGUGAGGGCAGAGGAAGUUAGCGAGUUAAUUUGCUAAUCUUAGCCGGUAACUCGCGUCUCCUGCACACGUCUGAAUCUAAUCGGUCCGAUCGGUUAUGAACAUGUCUGCUGGAGAAAGUUUGACAGCUCGCUUCGAGAAGAUCGAUGCCAUGCUGAAGGAUCCCAAGUCGGAGAUCAACACAGACUGUCUGCUGGACAGUCUGGAUGCUCUGGUUUACGACCUUGAUUUUCCGGCCCUGAGGAAAAACAAAAGCAUCGAUAACUUCUUGAAUAGAUAUAAGGACACAAUCAGCAAAAUUCGGGAGCUUCGUAUGAAAGCAGAGGACUACGAAGUGGUAAAGGUCAUAGGACGAGGGGCAUUUGGAGAAGUACAGCUGGUGAGGCACAAAGCCACGAGGAAAGUGUACGCCAUGAAGCUGCUCAGCAAGUUUGAGAUGAUCAAGAGGUCGGACUCUGCUUUCUUCUGGGAAGAGAGGGAUAUUAUGGCCUUUGCCAACAGUAACUGGGUAGUACAGCUGUUUUAUGCAUUCCAGGACAACCGCUACCUCUACAUGGUGAUGGAGUAUAUGCCAGGAGGAGACCUGGUUAACCUAAUGAGCAACUACGACGUGCCUGAGAAGUGGGCUCGUUUCUACACUGCUGAGGUUGUGCUGGCACUGGACUGCAUCCACUCCAUGGGCUUCAUUCACAGGGAUGUGAAGCCUGACAACAUGUUGCUAGACAAGACGGGGCACUUGAAGCUGGCAGACUUUGGGACCUGCAUGAAAAUGAACAAGGAUGGCAUGGUACGAUGUGACACGGCCGUAGGAACUCCAGACUAUAUUUCUCCAGAGGUACUGAAGUCGCAGGGAGGAGACGGUUACUAUGGCCGAGAGUGUGACUGGUGGUCUGUGGGGGUCUUCCUGUAUGAGAUGCUCGUCGGUGACACGCCGUUCUACGCCGACUCUCUGGUGGGCACCUACAGCAAGAUCAUGAAUCACAAGAAUGCCCUGACCUUCCCCGAUGACAGCGACAUCUCAAAGGAUGCAAAAAGCCUCAUCUGCGCUUUCCUCACAGACAGGGAGGUGCGGUUAGGACGGAAUGGAGUCGACGAAAUCAAACGGCAUAAUUUUUUCAAAAACGACCAGUGGACAUGGGAGAACAUGAGAGACACGGCUGCUCCAGUCGUGCCAGAGUUAAGCAGUGAUGUAGACACAAGCAACUUUGACGACAUUGAGGAAGAUCGAGGGGAGGAGGAGACAUUCCCUAUUCCUAAAGCAUUUGUAGGCAACCAGCUUCCAUUCGUGGGCUUUACUUACUACCAGUUUCCUCGGGAACCAGCUAUAAAGUCGAGUGACAAACGCAGCUCGACAAAGGAAGACAAGAGUCAUUUGGAGAAUCUUCAGAAGAGAAUUUAUCAGCUAGAAGAACAACUUCACAGUGAGAUGCAGCUGAGAGACGAGAUGGAGCAGAAGUGCAGGGCAUCCAAUACAAAACUAGACAAGAUAAUGAAAGAAUUAGACGAAGAGAGUAACCUAAGGAAGAGUGUGGAGGCUAACAUGUCUUUAUUGGAGAAAGACAAGAUCAUGAUCCAGCACAGAGCAACAGAACAGCAGAGAAAGGCUGAACAGGAGGCUGAAAAACGAAGAAACCUGGAGAAUGAGGUGUCCACUUUGAAGGAGCAGCUGGAAGACUUCAGGAAAAUGAGUCAAAACAAUGAGAAGGUUGCCCAGUUACAGAACCAACUGAGGGAAUCCAACGACCUUCUGCGGGCCGAGUCUGACACGGUGAUGCGUUUGAGGAAGAGCCACACGGAGAUGGGGAAGUCCAUGAGCCAGCUGGAGAGCGUGAAUCGCGAGCUUCAGGAGAAGAGCCGCGCCGCAGAGAGCGUCAAACAGCAGCUGGAAAAAGAGCUGCUCCAGCUGCAGACCACGCUAGACACGGAGAGGCGGACCUGCAGCCAGGGCUCAGAGGAGAUCAGAGAGCUGCAAGCUCGUAUCACAGGUCUGCAGGAGGACAACAAGAACUUGAAGCACAGUCUGUCUAAAGUGGAGCUGGAGAGAAAACAAGUGCAGGACAGAUGUAACGUUUUGGAGAAGGAGAAGAACAGUCUGGAAAUCGACCUGAACUACAAGCUGAAGACUCUCCAGCAGCGGCUGGACCAGGAGUCCACAGAGCAUCGCAUCACGAAGGCUCAGCUCACAGACAAAUACGAGUCUAUCGAGGAGACCAAGUCAGCUGCUAUGCACGCGGUGGAGCUGAAGGUGACGGAGGAGAGCGGGCUGCGCAUGCGAGCCGAGAGCAGGGUGGUGGAGGUGGAGAAGCAGUGCUCCAUGCUGGAGUUCGACCUCAAGCAGUCUGUGCAGAAGAUGGAGCAGCUGAUGAAGCAGAAGGAGAGGCUGGAGGACGAGGUGAAGGAGCUGCGGGUGCAGCUGGAGCAGGAGUCCGGGAAGCGCGUGCUGUCCCAGAACGAGCUGAAGAGCUGGACGAUGGAGGCCGAGCGCCUGAAAGGAUCGGAGAAGCAGCUCAAGCAGGAGAUCAACGCGGCCCUGGAGAACAAACGCUCCGUUGAGUUCCAGCUGGCGCAGCUCACCAAGCAGUACCGAGGGAACGAGGGUCAGAUGAGGGAGCUCCAGGACCAGCUGGAAGCUGAGCAGUAUUUCUCAACACUCUACAAAACUCAGGUGAAGGAGCUGAAGGAGGAGAUAGAUGAGAAGAAUCGAUUAACUCAAGAGGCCCUCAAAAAAGUCCAGGACAUGUACUCGGAGAAGGAGUCGCUGUCCGCUCAGUUGGACCUGACCAUGACGAAGGCCGAGUCGGAGCAGUUAGCUCGGGCGCUGCAGGAGGAGCAGUAUUUCGAACUCUCUCAGGAGCACAAGAAAGCCGUCUCACGGUACAAACAGGAGAUCUCAGAGAAGGACUCGACCAUCUCACAGCUCGAGGAAUCCAAUAAAACCCUUACCAAAGACGCAGAGAUCCUCAGUAAGGAGAAGGCAGAAAUGAACGAGAGACUCCAAGGUCGAGAAGAAGAGUUUGCAGCAGAGAAGGAGGAGCUGGCGAACACAAUAAAGGCCAAUUACGAGAAGGCCCUUAAUAUAGAAAGAACUCUGAAGACCCAGGCGGUGAACAAGCUGGCUGAGAUCAUGAACCGCAAGGACAUGAAGUUAGACCAGAAGAAGAAAGGCAGCACCACCGACCUGCGCAAGAAAGAGAAGGAGAACCGCAAGCUGCAGCUGGAGCUCAACCAGGAGAAGGAGAAGUUCAACCACAUGGCCAUCAAGUACCAGAAGGAGCUGAACGAGAUGCAAGCGCAAUUGGCCGAGGAGUGCACGUAUCGCAACGAGCUGCAGAUGCAGCUGGACAGUAAGGAGAGCGAUAUUGAGCAGCUCCGAGAGAAACUCAACGACUUGCAGCUCCGCGUGGACAGCUCCAGCGUCACCAGCCUGCAGCCGGACGAGACGGACAGCAACAUCGCCGAAUCGAGGCUUGAAGGCUGGCUAGCGAUACCAAAUAGGGCUAAUAUAAAAAGAUACGGCUGGAAAAAGCAGUAUGUUGUGGCGAGCAGAAAAAAAAUUCUCUUUUACAAUGAUGAGCAAGACAAGGAGCAGUCCAACCCUUCUAUGGUACUAGAUAUCGACAAACUUUUCCAUGUGCGUCCUGUUACGCAAGGCGACGUUUAUCGAGCUGAGGCCGAGGAAAUACCAAGGAUAUUCCAGAUCCUGUAUGCUAAUGAAGGUGAGUGCAGGAAGGAGGCGGACAUGGAGAGUGUUCUUCAGGGAGAUAAGACCAACUGCUUGCCCCACAAAGGCCACGAGUUCAUCCCCACCCUCUAUCAUUUCCCCUCCAACUGCGAGGCUUGCUCCAAACCGCUGUGGCACGUCUUCAAGCCUCCUCCGGCCCUGGAGUGCCGCCGCUGCCACGUCAAGUGCCACAAGGACCACCUGGAUAAGAAGGAGGAUGUUAUCGCCCCUUGCAAAGUGAAUUACGACGUGACAUCGGCUAGAGACAUGCUGCUCCUGGCCUUGUCCCAGGACGAGCAGAAGAAAUGGAUCGGCCAUCUCGGCAAGAAGAUUCCCAAGACCCCUCCAACUACCUUCGCAAGGGCGUCUCCGCGAACGAUGUCCACUCGCUCCGUAGCCAACCAGUCCUUCCGCAAGAACCCCAAAAACAUGUCGGGCAAGCCAAGCAGGGCGCAGUCCUUUCUCCAAGCGGCAGACACAACAUCCAGCACAUGCUGACAGCAUCACACAGCCUCUCCAGAUCUUAGAUUUCUAACGGUGUAGUCGACUACCCCGCGUUUUUACGGUCGAGCUUAACUGUGGUGACGUGUUCUCCGGAGGGGUGUGCUUUUCUGUUUACUGUGGGUUUUUGUUCACUAGAAUAGCAGAUUCUUUCCUUUUUUUAUAAACGUAACCAAUUCUGGGCAAUUAAAAGGGAACUUCCUUUAGCUUGGAGCGAGGCUCUCUACGGGCUUGGCUUGGAAACUUCAGAUUUCCCCUUCUUUUUAAAAUCCUGUUAGAAAACCCGCUCUUGAGCUCCUCCUGCUAAUGAAGUGGCAUUCAGGACAAAUGUGACGCUGGAGCACAAACCAGUCAUAAGUUGCACGGGUAUAUUUGUAGCAAUAACCAACAAUACAUUGUAUAGGUCAAAAUUAUCGAUUUUUCUUUUAUGCCAAAAAGCGAAUAUGUUACAUGAAGAUAUUUUGUACGUUUCCUACCAUAAUUUAUUAGUAAAAUGCAUUGCUAAGAACGUUAUUCGGACGACUUUAAAGGCCAUUUUCAGGGUUUUCUUUUUUCACUUACUACUAUUUUUCUAGCCAAAGAUUGUCCUGUCCUGACAAACCAUACAUCAAUGGAAAGCUUAUUUAUUCAUGUAAGAAUCUCAAUGUAAAUCUCAUUAAAAUGUCUGGUUUUGUUGUCCAGGGUCACAAAUGCUCAAAAACCCAUCUUAUUUGUACUCAUGUCGGCCAAGGUAACUCCUUAAGGGCCAGAUUUAUUAAACAGGGCACAUUAACGAGAGAACGCAAUCCCAUAAAAGCGUUGAUACGAGUGGGACGUUUUGCUGAUCUACUAACGAUACGCAAAUUAAAGGCCGGAUCAUUUCUAUAGUGACCAACGCAGUCUAAAAAGACCAGCGCAAACUUUUGCAGGCUAUGUUCGCCGUAGUAAAGACUGCCUUAGUUGCAUGAUUUAUCGAAAUACAGAUGCAUAAGCAAUCGGGUCAGCCACAAAAAUAAUUGUCCGUAAUUGAUCAUCGAUAAUUUUCCACUGUGUGUCUAGUAAAUCCCGGCAAAAGAGGUUAGUAUAUCUGGCCCUAAUUUUGUCAAGGGAACGCAAAAGGUUUGACGUUUUGAAUUGGAAUGAUGCAAAAUGUCAAAUCUUUGAGUGAAAUAUUGAGUGAAGUGUGCAUUUUUUUUAACCCCUAUCUUUCUGUGACGAUAAAAUGCGGAUCACAUGAAACCUGACAAUGUGAUUAAAUUUUGCAUGAAGAAAGUGAAGCUAUUUUUAGGACUGUUUGCAUCGACAGUAGAUACAAGAGCAGUGUUUAAACGAGUAAAAACGUGCAAGGUCUCGAAUGCAUAGGAUAUAAUACUCCUUGCGAAAUUAUUUAAUCUGGCCUGCUGGUCGCCUUUAUUCAUUUCUCAUUGGUACCGCAAUAGUCCUGGAAUAAAGUAACAUUUUUAUUGAUUAUAAAAUUAAGCAACUUCCAGGCAUUUUGUGGCACGCGGUUAUUUUCAUAAACAGAUUUUGCGAACUGAAAUAAAAACGUUAAAAUAAGUGAAAAACUUAAAACGAAAUGAACAAUUAUGAAAAAUAAAUGUGCUUAUUUUCCUUACCGUAAACAAUUAAAAUGUGCCAGCGGAACAAAUUUGUGUAAACUACACGCUUAUAAUUCCUAAAUGAAAAGCACAUAUUUAAAUAUGCCUUUGUCUCUUAUAAGUUGUCAUCAUUUAAACAUGUAAAACUAUACAAUAACCUUGUUGCGGUAAAGCAAUACGAUCUUGAUUGUCGUGAAAGUGCAUUGAUUUAUCUUAAUAGUCCUAAAGGCUUCAUUUCCUUGAAGUAAAAUAUACGUUGUAAUGGUUACUGUUUGUUGUUGUGAUGGUUGUCUUGUUUUCUGAUCCCACCCUCAUUACCUCCUCACUCAAGAUGUCUGUGUCAAACCUGAUUUCCCAUUGCCUGUUUAACACGAACCCUCAAGUGAGAAUAUGAUCCUGAGCUUUCUCACAAACACUGGACGUUUUCUUUUUCUUCUUUCUUCCAGCUAACCAUCUGAACCGAAUUGGGAUUUCGUACUUUCCUCUCCAAAAAAACCUCUUUAGAAAAAUCUGUAACACCCUUGGGAUUAACCCUUUAACGUCGCAUUUCACAACCGAAUAAAAAAAGCAAAAAACAAACAAACAAAAAAACAAACCCCAGACGGAUUUGGUGCUGAAGUUCAGGAUUUCGUGGACAUUUUUGGCAUCGUCUUUUUUUCUCCCCGUAACACUGGGAUCUUCAGAUUCUUAUUAACCUCCUGCUGUCCAGAGGAAAGCGUCUUUUGGCCUCUUGGGAAGGAAGCUUUACGCUGUUCUCGUGCCCGGGUCUUUCUGCUCGACACCGUGGUUAAGGGCAAAUUUGGUGAACUAACCAUAAAAGGGUCUUUGGGACAAUGUUUUUAGUUUGCAAACUAUUUCUAGUUAAAUCCACGUCGAUGCCGCCUUCUAACGGACUCUGGUUGCCUUAUUCAAUCCCUCAAAGUCUAAAUGGAAAAAGAGUUGGGUUUGGGGAAAAGGAUUGGGUACUGGGGAGAUUUUGAAUUUUUUUUUUGGAGCAUGGAGAAUAAUUACAGUCUAUGCAUAAUAUUAUCAGAAUCGUCUUUAUCAUUAUAAUUUGUUUUGGAGGCUCCAAGCCAUAGGAUAUCAUCGUAAUGGCGUCAGGAGACAUAAAAUGUCAUAGAAACCAUUGUUUCAAGUUUUUUUGUGUCUGUGCGUGUUGUUCAUUGGGUACAUUGUUUCUGUAAUAUUCUUUUUUUUUUUUCCUUUUUGUAAUGUGUUGCCUUACAUUUGAUUCAUAGAUAAACGUUUCAAAAAGGAAAACAUUAAGUUAACAAAUGUAACUGCACUGUUUGAAUUGUAAUUUAUUUGUAGAAGACUAAACAGCUGUAGCGUUUGGCUCACCUAGUGCCUUUUGGAUAACAAUUUUACUGCCAUAUCUGUUUCUCUCCGACAAAUCUUUACUAUUAUGAUACUUUGAAAACCAACAUAUCUAUUACAGUGUGACUUUUCUUUUUUUUUUUUUUUUUAUCGAAACCUAAAUGGGUUUUCAAACAGAGCGGACCGUCUAUUGCAUGUCUUAAUUGUCGUCAACCAAAGUUCAGAAGUUCUGCAUGAAACGCCACGACGAAGGCGACAUGUCCUGCUAUUUUCGCGAUCGAUAACGGAACAGUUAACAUCCCCCACCUUAAAAUAGAUUUCAUUCAGUGUACAUAUUCAAUCGAAACAAGAUGACGAAUACCUCCUCAGUAAUCCGACGUGGUUUUUACAUGCGUGUUCAGUAAAAUAAGCACUGGAACUAUGAUCUGUUUUGAUGUAUUGCAUGAUGAAUUGCAUUGGAGGCCGCACUGAUGGAUAUGUGUCAAUAAACAUAUCUUUAUCUAUCACCUA